UCGGUAGGUUUUGGGGGGCGCUUUACCUCGCCGGACCCCGCUGUUGGCUUCCCUUUCACGCCGUGCUGGGCUCCAAUGAGGCACCUUCGGAAGAUGCUGCCCUUUCACAGCUGGGCCCUCGUUUUCCCUCUCCCCUUGCUCCUGGUCGUGGCCCCCUCCUCUGGGUUUUUUGGCUGGCUCACCCAAAAGGCCCCCCCAACUCCCGUGCCCAAUGCUGAGCCCCCAGCUGCUGCUGCUGCUGCUGGUCCGGAUCCAGCUGGCCUGGCCCGGGUGCCUUUUGAGAUGGAUACAGCCGACGAGCGGUUCCUAGCCGAGACACAGCCGGUGGAUCUAUCCCUUCUGGAUUCCUGCCACCACAAGGUUAUUUCCCAACUUCGCACAACUUGCGCGGAUCUGGCGGAAGAAGAACUGGCCAAGCUGGGAGUGGGGCUGUUCAACUGCCAGGCCGAUGCCGAAGGACGGAGGACUUACCUGUGCACUCAGGACAUGAGCCUGGCGGAAUGCACAGCCGGGAUGGAUCCAGAUACCUGGAACGCUUAUCACAUCAUCAGCAACCGAGCCCGGGCCGUCUGCUAUGCCACCCGCCAGGUGGAAUUCAAGCGCCGGGCGCAGCAUAUGGUGAAUGCCCUGGUCUCUACUGCCGUGGGCCAGCUGGAAGCCAUGGAAACGCUCAAGAGGAGCCAGGAGGAGCUGAAGCAGCUCACGGCGGAGUCCCUCCAGAGGGUGGUCAGCACCCAGGAGGGCCUACUCAGCCAGCAAGAGACGCUGCGAGGCGGCCAGGUGCAGAUGGAGGAAGCUCUCUCCAGCAACCUGGAGCGCCUGGUCCAGGAGAAGGCUCUGAUUGCCAGCGGGCAGCGGCAGGUGGCUGAGCUGCUGGAGGGCAUCACGCGCAGGAUGGAAAAUGUCAGCAGUCAUCUGAACCAACAGGAUGUGGAACUUCAAGAAGGACAUCAGUCCAUCCUGAGGGAUCUGAGUCAAGUCCAAAGACGGGCUCAAGAAGUCUACUCCAAACUAGAUACCAAUGUGGGUUUGUUUCUGGCCCAUCAGAAGCAAACCACUUUGUACCACGAUGAGUUACUCGGGAAACUGAGGAAGAUGAACGAGACGUUUGGGCUGGUCCUUCAAACCAUGGAGCACAUGCAGAGCAAGGUGGAGGGGCGAUUGCAGCACAUCCAGAGAUUCAUAACCUGGGCAGGGUUCAGCUUGAGUUCUGUCUACAUCUGUGUCUUGCACGUGCUCUACUUCCUCCUGGCUGCGCUCAUCAUGACUUUCCUGCAGAUCCCCGGCGCAUCCCGUGCCCUGCUGCUGGUUGUGGUUGUGGCAAACGCCCUCUUUGAGCUCCACCACACCGUUUCCUUGGGGUUCACGUCGCUCACGGGCCUCUUGGCAUUGUCUGUGGCAGUCAACGUUCUCCUCGAAAGAAUCUGCUGUAACACUUUGAAAUACAGGACACCGAGACCCCUACGGGCGCCUUUGCCCCUUCCCCACAAGGCUCCAGAGAGCCCUGCUUGCAAAGCGGGCCUUCAGGCAGCCAAGCGCGGCCGGGUUACCUCCACCCCUGAUAGAGAAGGUGAGGUGGGCCUCCUGCAUGAGCUGGAGAAGCUGGAAGAGGUGAGCUACCUGUCAGAUGGAUUCCCUCUGAAAACAGACUCCCUAAAAAAUGAGGGGGACCUCCUGUCUUCCACCCAGGGGAGGAGGCAGGAGAGCGGAGCCCUGGGUCCCUCCCGCCCUGCCUGGCCUUUGCGCCGCUUGACUUUGAGCCGCUGCAACAAAACAGAGGCCAGCUUGGAGAGACUUCCCAGGCCUCCCUUGGGCUCAACGUUCAACUCAUUCUCCAGCCCGCAAGUCUCCUCGCUAAAUGAUUCCUUGCUCAGCGACGUCUCCAGCUGCUCGGCUUCUCCCAGGCCCUUUUGCCAAGGGAUCACCAGGACUGGACAGCCAUGCAGGAAGAAGUCCCUUUCCCACCAGGUCUUCUGCCACGUUCACGUGGCCGGACACAGCCACCUCACUUGACCAGCAGCAUCCUUGGGACACUUUCGGACCUUCCUGCUUUGCGAUUCUGGUGGACUGAAAGCCCAUUUUCAGGGGAAUAAUGUCGAUUACUCUCGAUUUAGCACUUACGCGCUGCUGGAUAAUCUCGUUUCUACCAACAGUGGACAGAAAACAUCUAAAUCGGUUGGACUUGGGAACCAUUAACGUUCUCCUUCCAUUUUUCUGCCUACGUUAGGCUGGAGGCAGUAUCUAUUCUUCAAACGUGGCCCUUUGAUGAC